AGAGAGUCCAAAGAAUUUUAUUCUCGUGAAGAACAUGUCUGGUGCAGCAGCGAUGUUCGUGUUCUUAUUGCCGGGGAUUCCAAUGUCCAUCGUUUGAAGUCUGCAUGUCCUCCAAAUGCAAGGAUUGACUUUCUGCCCGUAUCUGGUGCAAAGUAUGUGUCUGACCGGAAGGGCUUUAGAAAGCUGCUGCAUCAAGAGCUGAUGUCAGGUUGUUACGACAUAUUGUACCUGCAUCUUGGCUCUAACGAUGUUUGCUGCAAGGAUAGCAAUUUCUACCGUUGUGUGACUGAGAUCCUUGAUGUUGUAUUCAGUGUGUGCACUGAAAUACACGUGGUGCUUUGCGUGAUUCUUCCACGUGAUUUUGAUGUGAGAAUGUUUCCCCGAUGGCCACUCUCAGGGGCACAGUUGAGGAACUACUGCCAGUGGAUAAGGAGCGCAAACAGCAUGCUGUGGGAACUGAGUCACCAUGUGCCUUCUGUGAGAUACAUGGACUAUGCAGCAACUAAACAGAAGUCCCUGUACUUGUCCCAUGAUGGACUACAUCUGAGUGCUGAAGGGGCUAGGAGGUGUUUAGCAUCCAUACAUGACGACCUGCCAAACCAGCUGUGUGUGGAGGCUGCUGUUCAAGAUCCUACAGAAUGGCCAGCUCUCUCAGCCACGGAAGUACCGGUUCAGGAGCAUGACAGCACCAUAGCACUCUUUUCGGAUAUUGUGCAGACUGGAGCUCAACCAGAGAUUCAAGACAAGGUGGAUGCAAGUGAAGUACCAGUUCCCAGGGACAUUAAGCCUCAGACACAUAAAAUAACGGUUGUCACAGCCAGAGCUAAGAGGUCUGCAACCAGAAAUGUCAAAAGAUAUGGAAAGAAGUUGGCAAAGAAAUGCCACACAAGGUCAUGCUGCAGUGGAUUUGUUUACCUUGACAUUACUGAAGAUGUGGCUGUUUUCCUGCCUGCAUACAAGUUGAAUGGCUUAUGCUUGGAAGAUGAAAUCAACGUGCCAUCCAACAUCCAUUGCCACCGAGACACUGAAGAGACGCCCCAACAAGAUGACAACGCCGCAAAUGAAGAUAAAGUCAAUGUGCCAUCCCACUUCUUUUUCCAACGAGACACUGACGAGACGCCCCAACAAGAUGUAGACACUUCACAGCUUCUUCUUAUUCUUUCAAAUGACGUUGAACUUAACCCUGGACCGAUAUUCCAGACAAUACCGGUCCCUGUGGAAGCGGUUGGCUCAAGCGAGAAGAUGACGAUAAUUACAGUGAAAAUGGACUGACCAUACACGAAAGACAAAGGACAUUAAAUAUUUACACAAAUUUUGCACCUGUAAAAUGUGACAUUCAUAUACGUGAAUGCUAUAAUUCAAUUAGUAAGCCAUGCAGAAUUCUUUGGGAUGAAGGGGACUUAGAUUGUUUACAUGUAUUAAGUAGGGAUACAGCAGCAGGAGAUGAAAUAGGGUGGGAAUUUGUAUCUAUGGUUAUGAAUUCUAGUUGCACUUUUUCCUCUUACUGCCAGUUUAAAAAUGAGAUGUAUAAAACUCGCCACAAUAAGGCUAGGUUUAUGGAUCAAACAGUUUUUUUUAAUUUUGGUUCAGUUGGGCUUCAAACAUGAAAAUAGAUUAUUCUAAAGUUGAAACUUCUGCUCGAGGAACAUCAACAUUAUUUCUUUGGUUCUGUGCAGACCAUGGACAUUGCUAUGGUUUCCACAUGACUGGGGCAGAAGGAAGAAAAGAUCCCGCAUUAUCACUCUAUAGCUAUUUAGAAACCCCUCCACAAGACGUGUUUUAUGACUUUGCAUGUAAUUUACAAGAAUAUUGCCUAAACAGAGAAAGUGGAUACUAUAAAAAUGAACUUUUUUUUCAUGACAUUUUCCAUGGCUACUCCCACAAAUGUUCUAGUGCUUUUACAGCUAGCAGACUUCAAGGCUUUGAAUCUGUAAAAUCUGAAAUAUGUGAACAAUUCAACAGCUUUAUACAGUGCAUUAAAAGGUUGGCCCGUCA